AUGGCCGUCACCGAGGCGCCUGCGUUGCGCUCGGCGCCGUCUCCGCUGCAGAGCACACCACCUGCCUCCGCGGGGAAUCCAGGGACCAUGAAGCCCGGGGAGCCCAGGCGGCGCAACCGGCCUGCCCUCUCGUGCAUCCAGUGCAGAACACGCAAGAUCCGUUGCGACCGCAACGAGCCAUGCGCCAGCUGCAUGAAGUCUAAGAUCGUCAACUGCACCUACGAGGAAGCCCGUCGCCCGAAACCCCGGUUAUGGAGGCUUUCUCCGGCCCCGGCAGCCGCGGCGCCUUGCCCCGAACGCUCGCCGUCAUCGAAUGACGAACGCGCGUCUGUUGGCUCGGCCUUCACCUUCAGGGACAUGGCGUUGCCGGCUCCGCCCCCAACCUCGAAUCCUUCCUGUCCCGGCUCCGGUGCUGCGCCACCCGGCAAGAGCGCCGAGCCCCCGUCAGCCGUGAGUCCGCGUUCGACGCUCCAGUCGCAUCAUUCCGACUCAGCGCCCGGGACCAUGAGUCCACUCGGCAACACGGCCGCACUCGCCGAGCGGGUCCGGCAGCUGGAACAGCAGCUCGCCGAUGCCCUAAGGCGCCCGGACUAUAGCUCACCACCGUCGCGCUCGGCGCACGGAACGCUCUCCCCGGACCAUCCUCACCUUCCCCGGCCGUAUGGCCCAAGGUUCCUGACGAACGGCGACAAACUCUUCCCCUUGGUUGUCAACGUCGCCGACCGCGUUGAGGCAGACAAGAACUGCGACGCGUACUUUGCUCUACAGAAAUGCAGGGAUCUAAGCAGGACCAUCUCAUCCACAAGGGCUGCGACAUCCGCCCCAUGGCAGUUGGGCACAUCCAUCCCUCCUGAGGAAACAGCUCACCGACUCCUCGACGCGUAUUUCAGAACUUUUGAGACCGUCUACAGGAUCUUGCACCGGCCUACCUUCUGUCAGGCCUAUCAGAAGUACUGGGAGAACCCUGCAGCUGCCGAUCCGACGUUUGUGGUCCUCUUCCAACUCUGCAUGGCCAUCGGAACCUGCUUCCAAGAUGACGUGGCCGCUCUGCGCCGCUCUGCUGCUCAAUGGAUACACGAGGCCCAGGUCUGGCUUGUUUCGCCCACCGAGAAGUCUCUCGUCAGUUUUGCUGGCCUGCAGGUCAUGUGCCUGCUUCAUCUAGCGAGGGAAACCUGCGGCGUUGGAGGCGACUUGUCCUGGAUCGGCGCCGGCUCCCUGCUGCGAACUGCUAUGCACCUUGGCCUUCAUCGCGACCCGAAUGGCCAACCAAGCAUAUCGGUAUACGAAACAGAGAUGCGAAGGCGGCUGUGGGCUUCCAUCUUGGAAAUUGUGUUACAGUCCAGCUUGGACUCGGGCGCACCGCCUCUUCUCGCUUUGUCCGACUUCGAGACGCGGCCACCAUCCAACUACGAUGAUGACCAGAUUGCCGAGAACGCCCAGCUCCCAUCAAUACCUCGACCCCCAAACGCCUUCACCCAGACCACAGUUCAGAUCGCGCUCCUUCGCUCUUUUCCCGUACGUCUGGCGAUUGCCCACUAUGUCAACCAUUUCCGCUCUCCGGUCACCUUCGAGGAGACGUUGAAAUGGAACACCGAAUUGACCAACGCGUGCCGAGCACUGUCCGCGACCCUUCAACCGUUCUACGACCCAGCCGGCAUCCUUCCCAAACGCCUCUCAUUAUUCCAGCUGCGCCUGGCGGAGCACAUGGUGCAUCGCUUCUUCCUGGCGCUCAACUACCCCUGGCUUUGGUCGGCGCAUAAGAACCCCGCGUAUUACUUUGCACGGAAGAUGUGCGUCGAGACGUCUCUCAAGCUUUAUCGAGCCAUUGCCACCGGGUCUCCGGCCGGGGACUCGGGGACCGCAAGUCAGUCGGACGAUUUCACGAGGCUUGCUACAUGCGGCUACGGGGCGUUCCGAUCCGUUCCCACUUUGGCAGUCUUGACGAUUUGCUUGGAGCUUCUUUGGCAGGUCCAAGAGGAUCGGUCCUUCCAGCAGAGCAUGAGCAUCGAUCACUCGAUAGAUCGGUCGACGGCGUCGGGCAACGAACCUGAUGUCAACAGCUCCGUCGGCAUGGGCAUCGGCAGCGGUGCCGCCCCUCGGCAGGAGCUGCUGGAAGCUGUGAAGUACUCGAUAGGCUGGACCGAGCGGCGCAUCCGGUGCGGCGAGACCAACGCCAAGGGAUAUCUCCUUUUUUCUGCACUCCUGUGCCAGGCUCAAGCCCUCCAGCGUGGCGUUCGUGACUCAGAUGUCGAGCGGCUCGUGUUGAGCACCGUUAGCGAGGACUUGAACGGGUGCCUGCUCCUGCUGAAGGACGCCGCGGGCCGUGAUCCCUCGUUUGCGGUGGCAGGAGGGGUGGCGAAUGGUGGGACCACGCUAGACGCAACGGCGGACGCGGCGAGGGGUUCCAGACCGGACGCGAGAGAGGCGGCGCGGACGCGGGGGUUCAACUCCAUCUUCAACAUACAUGACGCUGACUUCUUCAUCGGCACCUGA